AUGGAAAAUGUAGAAAAUAAUUCAUCACUUAGUUGCUUAUUGGAUCAUAUAGCUGAUUUAGGCUAUUUUCACAUCCCAAGAUUAGAAACUGCACCAACUUUAAAGACAAUGCAAAUUUUUCAAGAAAAUGAUAUUUCAACACCAGUUAUAGGCGUCCAAACAUCAACAAUACUUAGCAGUCUUGAGUAUUAUCCUCAAUAUGCAAGAGUUUCUUAUCCAAACUCACGCACAGCUUCAGCCGCUGCCUUGAUUUUAAGUGUUUUCAGAAUUUCCAAAUGCUCUUUAUUCAUUCAGAUUCACAAUGGGGAAGGGAUUUUCGAGACCAGUUCAUAA